GAAAUGGCUAAGAAAUGACUCCAUUUGCUGUAACUCUACCCAUUUUAUGCAAUUUUAAAGACAUUUUUAUUCAGAAUACGUUUAAUGAAUAUACAUAUGAUAACUAAGGCUUUGUUAGUGAAGAUAAAAAGAAAUUACAUGUGAAAAAUUUACCACAAAAGUGUGUUACGUCAUUUGUAUGUUACGAACGCGCCAUCAAAUGAAAGCCGAAGCACGUGUCCUUGAAAAGCACAUCCGAGUGAGAGACAUGUGUGUGUGUUGUGUGCAACGAUAGAUGUUGGAGGAUUAAGUCUAGUUUUUAUGCCUUUUUAAACCUCAAUAGUUUGAAUGCGUCCAAUAUCUGUCCCUAAUGGUGCAUACAAUAGAUUUCUGAAGACAUUUGGAUCAUAGCACUGUUUGAUUUUCAACAAUUAUGAAGUUACUGCGCAAGGACAUCGACAAGGACGGGAAAGGAAUUGUUGCGUUGAUUCCUGAGGAUGCUGAGGACAUUUGGCACGCCUACAAUCUCAUCCACCCGGGAGAUGCAAUUCGAGCCUCGACAAUCAGGAAGGUACAGACCGAGUCGGCCACGGGCUCCUCCUCCAGUAACCGAGUGCGCACCACCCUCACCAUUCAGGCGGAGGAUAUGGACUUUGACACACACGCGGCCGUGCUGCGCAUCAAGGGCAGGAACGUGGAGGAGAACCAGUAUGUCAAGAUGGGAGCGUACCACACCCUGGACAUAGAAGCCAAUCGAAAGUUCUCUCUGCAGAAGAAUUACUGGGACUCCAUCUCCAUCGAGCGGGUGGAGAUGGCCUGUGACCCCACUCAGCACGCGGAUCUGGCAGCGGUGGUUAUGCAGGAGGGCAUCGCUCACGUCUGCCUGGUCACCUCCUGUAUGACCAUUGUGAGAGCCAAAAUCGACCAGUCCAUCCCCAGGAAACGUAAGGGGCACACCUCGCAGCACGAGAAGGGCCUGCAGAGGUUUUUCGAGACGGUGAUGCAGGCGGUGCUGCGUCACGUGCGGCUGGACGUGGUGAAGUGCGUGCUGAUCGCCAGUCCCGGCUUCGUCAAGGACCAGUUCGCCGAGUACAUGUGGCAGACGGCGUUCAAGACGGACAACAAACAGCUGCUGGAGAGCAAGGGCAAGUUUCUGCUGGUACACGCCUCGUCCGGCUUCAAACACUCGCUCAAAGAGGUGCUCCAGGACCCGGCCGUCACCGCGCGGCUCUCCGACACUAAGGCAGCCGGCGAGGUGAAGGCUCUGGAGCAGUUCUACCGCACGCUUCAGGACGACCCGGCCAAGGCCUACUACGGCUACAAGCACGUACAAAUGGCUAACGAGGCGCAGGCCAUCGAGACGCUGCUCUGCUCCGACAAACUGUUCAGGUCGCUGGACCUGGCAGAAAGGAAGAAAUACGUCGCGCUGGUGGACAGCGUAAAGGAGUACAACGGCGAUGUCAAAAUAUUCUCCAGCCUCCACAUUUCCGGAGAACAGCUGGAACAGCUGACUGGUAUCGCCGCCAUUCUGCGGUACCCCAUGCCGGAGAUCGAGUCGGAUGACGACCCCUCGGACGACGACAGCGACUAGUGAUCUCCUGACAGGGUAGGGUACCCUUUGGACGAGAAGAGUGACCCAUGCGGCAGGGUGGGUCAUCCUGGACAGAGACAGGGACUAGCGACACGGCGCUAGCGCUCAGUGCCUCUGUUCUGUGGGGACCUGGGGAAGAUCACCGUGAAAUGGACCUCUGCCUUGUUGGUGAAUGACGAAGCCGCCGGGUGAUCUGACCUACCAUUGGUCGCUGAUCUGUAUCAGAGACAGACUGUGCGGAGCUGUUCGUCCGGCGGACCGGCUGUAGGUAUACCUCUACACGGUCGGAACUGUACCUUGACCAUCAGUUUCGCCGUCGAGCAAGUCCGCUCAGCUCAAAGUGAGAAUUUCUGAGGCCGUAGUCUCGGAAACGGCUGGGGCAGCGGCUGUGACGGCCCCGCGGUAGGACCGUGCCUAUAAAGGAUCGAUGCUACGGUCGGUCCAUGCGCUGUGUAUUUCUUAUCACGGCCCCCGCUACUUGCAACGUGUUUCGCGGAUCGGUCGAUGUUUGUUAAUUUAUUCAGAUUGACAGCUUUACUGUCAGAUUUUGUGGUACGGGCCUCCUGCUGGUGCCCGACAUUGUUUCGGUUUUAAAGACGAUAUUUUUGUCGGUCACUACCUGACUUGCUGACAGCAGAGUUCGAUGGUUCGCCGGCAUAUGAUCGCGAUUGUAUUGUAUCGUUCGACAGCGGCGACCAUUAAUCCUCGCUGCUGACAGCAGACCUUCAAAUCCAUCUACAGUCCCAUUAGAAAAUUGCAAAGCCACCACAUAAGCUCAGUUGUAAUCCUGACCGGACAGGUGCCUAGUGCUGAGAUCUGGGGCGGGUUUUUACCCGUUCCGCCCCAGCCGCCCUCAGCCCACACUACCAGUCUGUCCCGCCGUUCGACUCAUUAGACUAAUGGGUGGCGACGUCGGCCGCGUUGGCUGAGCUGUCCCACUCGGUCGGGGCACGGCAGCUGUCCGCGGCCCGCCCACCUGUCUACACGCCCUUAUAAACAGCCUCUCGCCGGAUUAACCCCGGCACGGGCAUCCAUUCAGCCGUCUUCUGCCCGGCUGUGUGCCAAUUUAUCGGACAGACCGUGACACAGCACACGCCCGGGGUGUCAGUGUGCAGACGGGGAUAACACGGCCGGAUGCUGUGCUGUGUCUGGCCGCUUGAGCCUCAUGGAGGCUGUAAAGCAGCCGUGUGCUGCCAAACCGGCGAUACAGCGUGGUGUUCAGUCUCCUGUGGCGAAACUGUUGACUGCUCGGCUGUGCUGAGGCUGAGCGCUACGCGCAGAUAAUCGCUUACUGUUCAGUUAUGGAGGCUGCCAUAUGAUGCUGCCCAGCCGUAAGGCGUUCGAGCUCUGACCUUGCUCGUGCCUAUUAUGUUAACUGGAAACACACAUAGUCACGUGCUGAAGCGUACAGAGUGUGAGGGCUUUCCGUCUCGCUGAGGGCUCUGACAGCGCAUAUCAGCGUACCGUGAAGCCGCUGUCAUCUCGGCCCGACGCGAUCGGUUCCUGCGCCUCUGUGAUAAGGCUCGGAAGCAGCUUUCACCCGCCAGUCUGUUCUUAGUGACCACAGCCGCCGCCGAGACAGGCAAGGGUUUUGCUCGAUCGCACCGGUCGUGUGUGUGUGCUGUGUGGUGGCAAACGUCCGUCGACAGACGCCUCAGCUCUUCUGGGUUCCGAAUAGCUGAGGUGACUGCGUGUGUGCUAUUUGUUCGCGCUCAGCAGGUGCAGUGUAGGAUGGGGUUACACAAGGGACGUAUUUAAACCAUGCGGUCAAGGCUUGGGGUGGCUGAAUCUAAUUAUUCGUCUGUUUGGACGCGAAUGUUGGAAUAUUGGCUGUUGUAUGGCCGAUGCUUUGUGAUUGUUUCGUUUACAUGGGUAUGCUUGUAAUAAAACCCGCGAUAGUU